AUGGCGGAGCCGGACUACUACGCGCUGAUCGGGGUCGGCCAGGAUGCCACACUCCACGAGAUCCGGUCCAAGUUCAGGCAGCGGGUGCUCGCGGAGCACCCAGACAAGGGCGGCGACCCCAAGAAGUUCCAGCUCCUCAACAAGGCGUACAACGUUCUGACCGACCAGGAGAAGCGGCGGCGGUACGACGCCACCGGGCGCACCGAGCAGACAGCGGAGGAGGAGUUCGCUGCCGGCUUUGGGGGCGGUCGCUUCCAGGAGGGUCAGCGCCCCAAGGACGCCGACAGAGAGGCGGUGGUCAACCUCGAGGAGCGCGUCAGAGCAGGCCCCAGCCAACACGAUGAUGGCUUUCAGGAGUGGCUCAGGGGCCGGGACACGGAGGACAUGGUGUUGACAGACAAGGAUUUCAUGAAGAGAGCGUUAUUCAACGCGGCCGAGCUCUCAACGAAGAUCAACCACACUGGACCCGUGCAGCACGUCCUGGGCUCGUCCAGGACUGAUCAGCACGGGCAGGCCCUCAGCGGCCCCGUGCAGGUCCAGGCCAAGCCGAAGGCUCUGAAGAGGACCCUGGAUCACGACGAGCUGCUGGUGCGCAUGCUCGCCGUGCCGGUGGACGACUCCAUGAUGUAUGCGGAGCUGCAGCAGUCGGGAGUCUGCCUGGGCAUGAGCGGCGUUGGGCGCAUCGAGCAGGUGGGCUCGCGCAUCGAGGAGCUGAAGCAGGACGACGCCGUGUUCAUACUGCCGAAGCCGACCAAGUUCAACUCGCAGCGCCCGAUCGGCACCGCUCGCACGCUGCUGAUCUGCAACGAGGAGGACGUCCUGCGUGUGCCUCCCGAGAUCCUCGAGGAGUUGUCGCCGGAGCAGAUCUGCCUGGCCCCGACCAUAGUGUGCGCCUACACCAUGCUGGAGAGCUUCGGCGCCAAGCUCCAGCCAGGCGAUUCGGUCCUCCUCAACGCCGCGCACUUGUCCGCCUCCGGCUCGGCGAUCCUGCAGCUCUGCAAGUUGCUGAAGCUGAAGCCCAUCUGUCUCCUGAGCCUGCCAGGCGCCCCGAAGGACCUCGUCCGCGGCGAGUACGGCAUGAAGGCAGCGUGGCAGGACUCGGUCUCGGGGAAAGAGGCCCCUCCGUCGGUCAAGAAGCAGUACGCACGCAUCAGCGAAUGGUUGCUCAUGAUGGGUGCAGAUGAGGUCUUCCCCGACGCAGUGGCGCUGCUGCGCUGGCGGGAUCGCAACCAGCGUAUGCUUCCAAAGCUGGCCCUGGAUGGCAUUGCUGCUGGUGACUCUACGGAGCAGCUCAUUCAUUGCCUGCAGCCUGGGGAGAAAGACGCGCAGGUUGUUGUGUACGGCCAUGGCUCCGCGAAGCCAAUGGCCGUAUCUCCACCCCUGCUAUCAGCUUGGAACGGGGCGCUGAUCGGCUUCAACAUUUCGCGCUGGGUGCACUCGAUGUCCGAAAACGCACAGAAGAUGAUGUCGAUCAUGGAGAACAUCACGAAGCUGGUGCGCGCCAACAAGUUCACGCUGGACACAGUGCUUUACAAAGUAGGUGAGGACGCCGUGACCGACGCGUUCUCGCGCGCCCAGGAUGCCGCCGACGGCUCGCAGGUGGUGCUGAUAUUCCCCACCCUGCAGGAGGAGGCGAGCGGCUCGAGCCGGGCCCAGCCGCAGAACCGACCUCAGCCUUUCGCCUUUGCCCCAGACGAGAGGACCGCGCAGGCCGAGCCUGAGGACCUCGAGCGCGAGCGGCUCAAAGAGGAGUGGCUCAGCCUGCUUUUCACCGACAGGAGCCCAGCGGCGACCAGCGACGAGGGGGCGAUGCCCAUCGCCUUCGAGUCUGGCAACAGGCGCGCCCCCAACGCCCUGGUGGUGUUUAUCGGUGACAAUCCGAAGGACGACAAGGCGGUCCUCCAGGAUAUUGGAGACGACCUCUCUGGCGCUGCUUUCUGUUAUGUCUCUUGGUCCCAGCACAUGGCCGGAGAGGGCCUGGAGGAGUUCCGUGUCACCGCACCCGAGGUGGUCGACGGCUCUUUCUAUGCCCGAGACCGCCGCAGCCUCAGAAACGAGGAUUUGGACAUGCUCCAUGACGUAGACCUGUUGGGUCAUGCGAUGUCAGAGACCAUCGAAGCCAAGCUAACAGAGUACAAGCUGGAGUGGAAGAACGUCGUUCUGUACGGUUUCGGGAAGGGCGCUGGCGUAGCAACCUACGCGACGUUGCUCAAGAUAUUUCCGAAGCAGUUGUCAUCACUGGUGCUGCUCAGUCCAGUGGUACCUUUCCCGAUGUACCUCGCCGACAAAAUUUCAAAGGUUCCGCGAGGCACACAGUCGCUGAAGACUUUCGUCAUGUGGGGCAGCAAGAACAGGGCCACGCCCACUUCCUACCGGGAGCUGCUGGCCCAGACGAUGAGGAAGGCGCCCGAGGUGAUGCUCACCCCGGACACGAUCCCGGACGGCGACCACACGUUCGACUACCGAGCCUACGGUGUGCUCAAGUCGCUCCUCGGCGUCGUGCUCCCGCGAUGA